CGCCAUUUUCACACCAUCAUCACAGCCAUUUCCCUCUCUCUCACUCGCUCAGAGUCACAGUUCACCGGCCACUCUGCGCAGUGCGCGCUUCCACUGCUUUUGUCGCCGGUGCUGGUUCCGGAGCUAUGCACACCCUUAAGGGUGGUUGGGUCGGGCAGACAUUUGCUCUGGCCAAGUGCAAUGAGUCGUCAUCGGACUCCGGCGGCAAGAAGUCUCGCAUCCGACGGUCCAAGGAAGAGCGGAAAGCCAUGGUUCAGUCCUUCAUCAAUAAGUAUCAGAAUAAAAACAAUGGGAAUUUCCCGUCGCUGAACCUCACACACAAGGAAGUUGGUGGGUCGUUCUAUACUGUAAGAGAAAUCGUCCGCGAGAUUAUUCAAGAGAAUAGAGUGCUCGGACCCGCCAAAUUUUCUCCUCAACAGAAGACGUCAGAUGAUCAAUUCUCACAAGAGUACCCUUUGGGCUCGAUAGCCGCUGAACUUCAAGUUCCUCUUUCCAUGAUUCCGAAUGAAGCUCAGCCUGAUCUUGUUUCUUUUCUCAAUGAUGGUGAUAGUGACGAGUGGGUUGGAUUAUCUGAUGAGAAAUUUAGCGCUGACAAAGAACUGCAGAUCACCAAUGGGAGUCUAGUAGACUCGGAGAACGAUAAACCUGUAGUAACAGCUGAAGCUGGGGUCCUCGUGGAUGAGUCGGUAAUAUCUAACUCUAAAGUGAUUGAUUUGACAAAUGUGGAAGUGGAGACUUUUCCAUCGAAGUCGAUCACCGAGGGUGCAAAUAUCACAAGGGAAACUACCGGUAAAAUUACAGCCAACUCUCGUGAAACUUUGGAUGAGAGACAAGACAUAGACUUACACUCAAGAUCAGCCAGUGACAGUUCUCGGCUUUGUGGAGUAAGUUCUCCAGAAAAGUCUGUGCUUGAGGAUGAUAAAGUGGAUUUGAAUCACGCGAGGUCAUUGGUAGCUGUAGAGAGCAACAAAAAUGAGGACUCAAAAGUAGUAGGAAAACUUGCAGGCCCUUCGGUGGAAAGUUCAGAUAGCAGCUCUAUAACACAAGAAGGGAUUACACAUGAUGCCGAAAACGGUAAAAGUUUGAUCGACAAAGAAUCACCUUGUGAUGCUUCAACUCCCAAGGGAUCCAAAGACAUCAAGGAAGAUGCUGCAGAGCAGUCUAUAAAUCAACCAAAUGGUGUACCUGUUAAGAGUUUGAAUGGCGCUAUUCAGAAAAAAGAGGCCGUGAAUCCAUCCCAAGAGACAGAAAUCAAAACCAAACCUGACGCCUCAUCUAAUGGGAGCUUGCCCAGAGAGAAGAGUCCUACUCCUACUUUAGAUAGAAUUAACCUCGAGUCCUGGGAAGUUUCGUCGAGGAGUACAUCGAGAAAGGAAACCAAUCCGCUCUUGGCAAUUUUCAAGGCUUUCGUCGCAUCCUUUGUGAAAUUUUGGUCGGAAUGACAGAUUUGUGUCUGUGAUUUUCUUGUGGGUUUGCUUGGUUUGUUUGCUUAGCUGAUUAGAGGGCAUUUACUCAUUGCCUGGUUCUUGAGUGGUUCCCAUGAGUCGGUCUGUUUCAGUGUUGUGCUCUUGGUACGUUGGUAGCACCGGGAAACAUAUAUUAGCAGGUGAGAAUAUAUAUCAAUUUCAUUACCGAAAUUGCGUCAAACGAUGAAAUUACUUCAGUAUCGGAGGGAGGAAGAAAUUGUUCAAUUUUA